AUGAAUAUAGACAAAGAUACAAGAGUAAUAAUACUACCCAAACUAGCGAAUGAAUCAGAAAAAACAGACACCAAUCAAACUCAAGAAUAUAAAAUUAUAAAUCUACCUACUCCAUCAGAUCUAACAAAAUUUAAAUCAUAUUUAAUAUAUGAAAAAUCAAAUAAAAUAUAUGAAUUAAAUAUUAUAAAAGGUGAAAAUUCUUCAAUAACUUUAAAAAAUGGAGAUGCAGUAAAAUCAAUAAUUAUAGAAUCUAUAGAUCCUCAGCUAAAUGGUGGUGGUGGUGGAGGAGUUUUACAAUCAGCAAAUAUUAUAAUUGGAUCAGCCUUCAAUUUUACUUUUUUACUAAUUUCAAUAUUUGAAAGACAUGUUGAAAAUUUUAAUAAUUUAUUUAAAACAAUUGAAGAUAUAAGAGAUUCUUUACUGAGUUUGGAGGGAGAUUGGAUUUAUGAAAUAAAUUAUGAUAUAUAUAAACAGAACCUAAAUAAUAUAUGUGAUGAAAUUUUAGAAAAUGAUACUUUAUUUUAUAAAUAUUGUUCAAGAAAAUCAAUUGAAUGGAUAAAUAACAAAAUUUUAAGUUUACAAAAUUAUAUACUUACUUCAUCAAACAAUAACACAAUAUUGAGAAAAAUUAUAUUAGAAUUAAAUGAUUCAACUCAAUUAAAUCAUAUAAUAGAUGAAAAUUUAAUAAAACAAAAUUCUUUAAUUUAUUCAAUUGAUUAUAUAUGUGAUUCUUAUUUACCAUUUAUGAAAGAAAAGUUAAUAGAUUAUUAUAAUUAUGAUUUCCAUCUAGUUGAAAAUUAUUUAAUUGAAUUAAAACAAAAACAAAAAAAUUUAGAAAUUAUUGAAAAUAAUAUGAAUGAAAUUAAUUCAAUAACUGCUAAUACCAUUAACAAUAAAAACAAGAAUAAUAAUAAGAAAAAAAAUGGAUCUAAAAAUCAAUCAAAAAAAGUUGCUGUUGGUAAAGGUGCAUUAGAUGGAUUUUUUAAAAAAGCUUAA